CGUGACCAAAGCUGCACAUAUGCCUUACAUUUUCCACCUGAUUACAGCGCUCGCAAACAGACUUGGGGUGUGGACUGCUACAGGCGUUCUUGGUCAACGGUGCUCAUCCAGUGAUUGUCGCAUUGAUGAUGGGAAUGUUUCUGAACCUGGCGUGUUGUCUGCUUCUUACAGCUACCAUAGCUGAAGCACAGUCAUGCGGGGAGAACCUAGUGGCCAGCUCUACCAGCAAGAAUGCUACAUCGCCAGGAUACCCUGCCAGCUACCCCAGUACAACUAAUUGUGUCUGGACUAUUUCGGCUGCUAACCAAGAAAGUAAAGUCAGAGUAACGUUUCUGGAAGUAGAGAUCCCUGACGGCUAUGACGUGGUGAAAGUAUAUGAUGGUAACUCAACAAGCGGCUACUUAAUGGGACAAGUCUCUGGAACGGACAAGCCCACCUUCACUGGCCAAGAGACGUCUCUUACCAUGGAAUUGACAGCUACCGCAAACGCGACUAGGCCUAGUACAAAAGUUGGAUUUGUGUUUGGAUACGCUGAAACACAGGACACGCUGCCCAUGCAACGUUCAGUUGACGCCCAGUCGGAUAAAGCCGUGCUGAUGUCACCCAGGUUCCCGUCGGGCAGAGUGAAAGACAUGAAUGCCAUCUGGUCAGUACGUCCCAAACUUUUCAACAAGCAAGUGCUGUUAUCAUUCGUUGAGGUUGACCUUGGCGACAACUGUAACAACAACUUCAUCAAAGUGUACCAAGGAAAUACAUCAGCGGUUGAGGUUUCAAAGCUCUGUGGUAAACAAACAGAUACAUUCUUCAGCAAGCACUCGGAACUCUCUGUGGUUUUCAGGACAGACAGCAAUCUAGCCAGACGAGGCUUUAAAGCUGACUAUACAAUGGUUGGAUUUUCUUAUUUUCCUGGCUGUUACGGUUCCCCGAACGAAGUGCGCGUUUUUGAAAACGUCAAUGGGGAGCUUGAAUCGCCAUUAUACCCCAACAAAUACCCAAACUCGAUGAAAUGUAGAACCCUACUGAAGGCUGUCCUCACAGACAUCUACAUUAAGGUGGAGGUGACCGACAUAAACAUGCCCCAAUCCGAGGGCUGCACGAAAGACUAUGUGGAGAUCUUUGACGGUACAACGUCUACUUCACCAAACCUGGGUCGAGUCUGCGGUCAAACUAAGUUAACAGUCACCUCCAAAACUGCUGGCCAAGACGUGAUGGUUACGUUUGUCUCAGAUUCGAAUGAAGGGGGCAAAGGUUACAAGAUCAAAUACGUAGGCGUGAAAAUGAAUGGUCAAGCCACCAAAUCGUCCCCAGUUGGUCUUAUUGUUGGCAUCAUCGUCGGCUGCAUUGGUUUCUAUUGGUAGUCCUUAUUGUCGUCCUGAGGAGAAAGUGUCUGAGGAAAUGAUCACUGGAAUAACGUCAACUUCACAGUCGUCAUGGAAAACCAAGGCUUUUUGGAACUUCUCCCAAACCAAAUUAACCAAAGACGUAAACUAUGUCUUGAAGCAAUAUAUAUAAUUUAUAGUGACCAUGUGUUUAAGUCAAGCGGUGGGAUAAAAUAAUAUCAAGUGCCAGUUUGGGUUAGAGAUAAGUUAUCUCAAGUUAUGCCCUGAAACAAAUGUAAAAACAAAUAAUUGAAUCAUUUCAAAUUAAAUUUGACAAAAAGAUGAACGAAUCUGUUUCUAUAUGCAUAUGAAUCACAAUUUCUAGUCGGGUUGGCAAAACAUAUUAUUUUGGCCAAUAAGUUUUAAUUUAACUUUUAGGUGAAAAGAAUGAUCUGUAUCAAAUUGCUAAUAUCCUUCCAAUACUGUACCCAUCUGAACUUGGAAAACAGGAAAUAGGUGAGACCGUCUAAUGUGUAGAUUCAUAGAUUCAAGAGAUGACUUUUCAAUAUUAUUAGUCAACUUCAUCGUCAUGUAGAGCAAUAUUCCAACAGCUCUAGUGUUUACAUCUCACAAUAUCUGAGGUACAAUCGAGCAUACUCCUUUUUGCCAAGAGUUCAAAGAUCAAGGCUACAAUAUUCAAGGCCUCAGUAAAGCUUCCAAGAAUGUUUCAUAGUAGACAGUGGAGGACAUUUUAAAAGUCGAUGCAUCACUGACAAAAAUAAUGUCAGAUGCAGGUCCCUAUUUUAACUUACUCCAUACAUGCCCGAUGUUUUUCAGGUGAACAUUUGUUUAGUCUUUGCGUAUGUUUAUGACGAUAGGGCAACAUACUCUGGAAGUUUUGCGAUCACCUGAUAUUAUUACUAUUGGAGAGAGAUUUAUAACAAACUAAAACGCAAUGCAGACCUAUUUACAGUUCUUAAUGAUAUAGCCGUAAUAUUGCUUGUUGAUUGUACAAUCGACUCUGCUUUUAACAAAUCUCAAUUGCGUUUUAGUUUGUUUGUUAGCUUUAUUGUUCAGCGCCGCACUCAGCAAUAUUCCAGCUCUAUGGCAGACCUUUUAUAUAUAUGCGUUGGUGAAAGAAUGAGUUUGGUUUUACCAACUGUUACCAGUAUUCCAGCAUCAUUACGGCGUGGAACACCCGAAAUGGUCAGCUUCAGGUUUUAGUUACAAUCAUAUUCAACGUGAUUAAAGUUUCAUUUGUAUUGUUUCAUUGCAUAAAUAUGGGCUGGAUAUAUAAAGAAUAUAUAAUAACACUUUCUUUUGGUUUGGGUUCUAUUUUGGGAAUUCCAAGGUGUUGGUGAGACUAAAUGGAUAUCAAAUUAAAUUUGCGUAGAGUUAAAGAUUGUCACACUCACACAGAUAUGGUAUUCUUGUUACUCAAAACUAGAAUGAUAGUCAGUGUAAAAGAGUCCCCUUUUGUCAUCAAUAGAAAAAAAUGUAUGGUUACUUUAUGAAAGAUUCGGGAAGUGGAAAUUAUGCAUAGAUUAUUAUGAAGAACAGGCAUCAAUAUGACAAUAUUUUCAGUGUCCUUACUUAUGACAAUCCAAAUGAUGGUUUGAAAACAACAUUGCAGUUUUCUGAAAAUAUUUAUCAAAUGAUAUAAUUUACAUUCCAUUAACUCCGAUUUUGUAAAUAUUUACUGUUUCACUCAUGUUCUCACUUUUGUAAUCAAAGGAGGAUGCCCCAUAAUGCUGAAAAUAUUAAUUUAUUGAUUCAUUACGUUCGAACGAUGAUCACUUUUGAUGGCAAGGUAGCUGCAGUGGUCUACAGAAGAGUAUGAUACAAGGUCAGUUGAACUUGAUGAUAUGUGCAUUCGAAGAUAUGGAAACGUUAACUGAUCCUCCUAGCCUGUGUCCUCGCAAUUGUUUCACCAUUCAUAUAACCAAAGUUGUAAAAUGUGACGCUAUGUGUGUUUAUGAACAUUUGAAAGUAGUAUAUACAUGUGCAUAACCUUUCAUGUUUAUUGUUAUAUGACUCCAACAUUUAAUUAAAGGUUUCAUCCUUUUGCUUUAUCCUAUUUAUGCUUUAACGAUAUUAUUCUCACAUACAAAUCAUUUCCUCAAAUCCUUCAUCUCAGAUUCUCAACGAGAAGAUGAUGAUUUGUUUUCCUGAUCUUAAGUCCUUUUUACAAGUUCUAUUUUUGCAAAUCAUGAAUGUAGACAUUUCAAAAUACUGUAUCGUAAUAUGAUAAUAUAUUUCAAAGAAUACUUCACGUUUGGAAUCAAUGUUAAAUAUGUUUCAGUUAAGAAAUAUUUUACAAACAUUUUAAUCAUAACAUGUAAAAGUUUAUCUAAAUUUGUAAAAAAUACCAGUAAUAUAUUUGUGAAAUUGGAAAGUAAAUUUUCUGCGACAGUAAUUCUACUUUCAACAAAAGGUAUGUUUUUUUAAAAUCCUUCGCAACCACAGAGAAGAUUAGGAGUGCACGUUACUAGGUUAUUGAAAAGGUUUAAAAUACGAUCAAACGGCGGAUUUGUUUUCAUAAUAGAUAUGUAAGUGUAAACAAAGUAUUUCUCACCGCCUCAUUCCAAUUUGCUUAGUAUUUGUCAGUUUUCUGUAAAAAACUCCAAAGUAUACAGUAACAGCGAUUGUUGACUGGGAUGUGGCUAUAUGUGUGUCGAAUAAUUGCCUAUUCACACCGUGUCUUUUUAGAGUUCAGUGAGUAUCUAUUUGAAUAUAAGCUGUCUCAUUAUGACUGGACAUAUACCUAUUAUCAUUAUGAUAUGCUUUCUGUAUUUGUAUCAUAUCCAUUCUUGUCGUGCGUUCAGUGCUCCAGUCAUAUAAUCCUCACCACCUGUUGCCUUCACACCUAUUUGUCAUGUCAUAUAUUGUAUUACCGGGGCAUGCAUGCAGUACUGAUUUACAUAUUUCCCAUAUCAAUGUAUAAUGCUUGUAACUCCAUGACCCGUUACUCUGUAUAAACUGACUUUUAGUCUUAUUAAUGAAAAUGUUUGUAGUUUCUUAAUAUUUGGUCAGUAAACACUACACGUAUAUACA